CGCACAGGCGCACAGGACAACGGGCACGGCAUCCUCCCAUCCACCCCCAAAACCCUAGCCUCCCCAGCCGUCCCCUCUGCUGUCUCCGUGCUACGCUCCGUCCACCCAAAGCGCCAGAGCGCGGCCUCGGCGGCGCGAACAACCUUUCAUCAUGGAGAAGCAACUUGAGGACGAGCGGAAACAGAAGAAGGAUCAGAAGGCAAGAGAGAAGGAGGAAAAAAAGCUGAAGGCUAAGCAGAAGGAGGCGGCCAGGCUCCAGGCUCUAGCGGCUUCGGAUGGGCCUAAGAAAAGCGAGAAGAAGCAAAGGAAAAAGGGUGCGGAGGAUGAAAAUCCCGAGGAUUUCAUUGAUCCAGACACCCCUAGUGGAGAGAAGAAAUUGCUUGCACACCAAAUGGCCAAGCAAUAUAACCCAAGUGCUGUUGAAAAAUCAUGGUAUGCCUGGUGGGAAUCAUCAGGAAAUUUUGGGGCAGACCCUGCAAGCUCAAAACCACCCUUUGUUAUUGUUUUACCACCUCCUAAUGUGACUGGAGCACUUCACAUAGGGCAUGCACUUACAGUGGCUAUAGAGGAUACCAUGAUACGCUGGCGGAGAAUGUCAGGCUAUAAUGCUCUUUGGGUUCCAGGAGUGGACCAUGCUGGCAUUGCUACACAGGUUGUAGUAGAAAAGAAGCUAAUGCGUGAAAGGAAUCUGACAAGACAUGACAUAGGUCGUGAAGUAUUUGUAUCUGAGGUUCUGAAAUGGAAAGAUCAGUACGGUGGUACUAUACUGAAUCAAUUACGUAGGCUUGGGGCCUCACUUGAUUGGUCCCGUGAGUGUUUUACAAUGGAUGAGCAAAGAUCAAAAGCUGUAACUGAAGCUUUUGUGAGGUUACACCAAGAUGGCCUAGUUUACAGAGAUUACCGUCUUGUGAAUUGGGAUUGCACACUUCGAACAGCAAUUUCUGACAUAGAGGUUGACCACCUAGAGCUUAAAGAAGAAACUAUGCUAAAGGUCCCAGGUUAUGGCACUCCUGUGCAGUUUGGUGUCUUGAUAUCUUUUGCCUAUCCUCUUGAAGAAGGACUCGGUGAGAUCAUAGUUGCAACAACAAGAAUUGAAACAAUGCUUGGUGAUACAGCAAUUGCUGUUCAUCCUGAGGACAAAAGGUAUACACAUCUGCAUGGAAGGUAUGCAGUUCACCCCUUCAAUGGACGAAAACUCAAAAUAAUCUGUGAUGCUGUGCUAGUGGAUCCCACUUUCGGCACCGGGGCUGUGAAGAUUACACCUGCCCAUGACCCAAAUGACUUUGAGGUUGGGAAACGACACAACCUAGAGUUCAUCAAUAUCCUCACAGAUGAUGGCAAGAUAAACGGCAAUGGAGGUGCACAAUUUGAGGGAAUGCCAAGAUUUGCUGCUCGGGUUGCUGUUAUUGAAGCACUCAAGGAAAAGGGCUUGUACAAGGACACAAAAAAGAACGAAAUGAGUUUGGGCGUUUGUUCAAGAACUAACGAUGUAGUGGAACCUAUUAUAAAACCCCAAUGGUUUGUUAGUUGCCAUACAAUGGCAAAGGCAGGUCUUGAUGCUGUAAGAUCCAGGAAAAUUGAGAUUAUUCCGGAACAGUAUGAACAAGACUGGUACAGAUGGCUUGAAAAUAUACGCGAUUGGUGUGUUUCAAGGCAACUUUGGUGGGGGCAUCGUAUACCAGCAUGGUAUGUGACUCUUGAAGAUGACCAAGUGAAUGAUCUGGGUUCCAACAAUGACCGUUGGAUAGUCGCGAGAAAUGAAUGUGACGCUAUACUCGAGGCACAGCAAAAGUAUCCCGAGAAGAAAUUCCAGUUAAACCAAGAUCCCGAUGUUUUGGAUACUUGGUUUUCGUCUGGUCUCUUCCCACUAACAGUGUUUGGUUGGCCAGAUGAUACUGCGGAUCUUAAAGCUUUCUACCCUACUUCAGUAUUAGAAACUGGACUUGAUAUUCUCUUCUUUUGGGUAGCACGUAUGGUGAUGAUGGGAAUGCAACUUGGUGGUGAUGUGCCAUUCCAGAAGGUGUAUUUGCAUCCUAUGAUCCGUGAUGCACAUGGCCGCAAAAUGUCCAAGUCACUUGGUAAUGUCAUUGAUCCUCUUGAAGUGAUAAAUGGUACGACACUUCAAGAUCUGCUCAAACGUUUGGAAGAAGGCAACCUGGAUCAAAAUGAAUUAAGCAUUGCAAGGGAAGGGAAGACGAAAGAUUUUCCUGAAGGCAUUCCUGAAUGUGGUACCGAUGCACUGCGUUUCGCACUGAUUUCUUACACUUCUCAGUCUGACAAGAUAAAUCUGGAUAUCAAGAGGGUGAUUGGAUAUCGACAAUGGUGCAAUAAAUUGUGGAAUGCUAUUCGUUUUGCAAUGGGCAAGCUUGGUGAUCAUUACACUCCACCAGCAACUGUUGUUGUUUCUACGAUGCCACCAAUCUGCAAAUGGAUACUCUCAGUACUUAACGCGGCCAUUGGCAAGACUGUGAUCUCAUUAGAAGCAUACAAGUUUGGUGAUGCAACAACUGCUAUAUACUCAUGGUGGCAGUACGACCUAUGUGAUGUAUUUAUAGAAGCUAUAAAACCUUACUUCUUCAAUGAAUCUCAGGAGUCCGAAUCUGCAAGAACUGCUUGUAGAGAUGCCCUAUGGGUUUGCCUAGACUCUGGUCUGCGCCUGCUCCACCCAUUUAUGCCUUAUGUAACUGAAGAACUCUGGCAACGUCUUCCUCAGCCCAAAGAUUCUUGCAGGCAAGGUUCCAUUAUGGUAUCAGAAUAUCCAUCUGUUGUUAAGGAAUGGGCAAAUGAUAGCCUUGAAAAAGAAAUAGGCAUUGUCUUAGAAACUCUGAAAAAACUCAGAUCUCUGAGGCCAACAACAGAUACUGAAAGGCGACCUGCUUUUGUACUUUGCCGAGGCCAACAUAUUGCUGCCACUUUUCAAUGCUAUCAAUCUCUAGCUGUCUCUCUUCUUUCAUCUGUAUCAUCGCUUAAGAUCCUGACAGAGAGUGAUGGAACUCCACCUGACUGUUCAACAGCUGUGGUAAACCAAGAUCUGUCUGUGUACCUCCAGCUUCAAGGAGCUCUAAAUGCAGAAGCAGAGCUCGAAAAGUUAAGGAAGAAAAGAGAUGAAAUUCAGAAGCUGCAGCUUGCCCUGUCUCAGAAGAUGGAUGCGUCCGGUUACCGAGAGAAGGCUCCACAAAGUGUCCAAGACGAGGACUUGAGAAAGCUCACUGCUUUAUUCGAGCAAUUGGAGGUCAUCAGUGAAGCUGAAAAGAAACUAGAUGUGAGAGAUGAUAAUGCUUGAAACAGCCCUCUCUCUCUCUCUCUCUCUCUCUCUCUCUCUCUCUCUCUCUGCUUGUGAUUUGUGAACAGCCAUUUUUGUAUCGAGGUUGAUUCCUCACACAUUUUUGUGGAUACUACUUGCAUUUACAGAAAUUUAAAUGAAAUGUUGACACUAGUAAACAAAUUUCCAGUC